GUUUCCGUGUUGUUGUUAAAUAGUAAAGCUAACAAUAAUCUCAUUUUUUUUUCUUCACUUAACUGUUUUUAGGAUUGUUGAAGAAGUAUCUCGCAGUGUGCUGUUGUGUUAAAGUAAGGUCCUGGCCGGUUUCAAUGAUCAUUGAUUCUCGACAGUCUAUACUAUUGUUGAAACUCUUUGAUUGUAUAAAACCGCUUCAAUUGCUGUUUUCACUCAUCAGUUACAACAGUGCAGUUGUUGGUUAACGACUAUGAUGUCCACAACUCAGCUGAAAAUGGGUUUGAAUUUUAUUACCCUUUUUUUCAUUGCAACUCAAGUAUCUUGCAAUUUAGAAGUGGAAACAAAUAAAGGAUUCUUGAAAGGAAAAAUUGUAAAAUCAAGAGAUGGUCAUACAUUUUAUUCAUUUACUGGUAUACCUUACGCUAAGCCUCCAGUUGGAGAUCUGCGAUUUAAGGCACCUGAACCAUUUGAUUCAUGGAAUGGAACUUUAGAUGCAACAAAAACUGGCAAUAUGUGUAUUCAAAGAAACUAUUAUUUUAAAACACACAAAGAUUUGUUACAAGGUGAAGAAGACUGUCUAAACUUAAACGUUUACACCAAAAAUUUGAAUGGAAAUUUACCUGUUAUGGUAUGGAUACAUGGUGGAGGUUUUGCGGCUGGCCAUAGUGGUCCUGAUUUAUAUGGUCCAGAAUAUUUCAUGGACAAAGAAAUUGUUUUUGUGUCUUUAAAUUAUCGACUUGGAAUUUUAGGAUUUCUUAGCUUUGAAGACGAUGUGAUGCCUGGUAAUUAUGGUAUGAAGGAUCAAGUUAUGGCAUUACGUUGGGUUCAAGAAAAUAUUGCCCGAUUUGGUGGUGAUCCUAAUCAAGUUACUAUUUUUGGCGAAAGUGCUGGAGGCGCUAGUACUGGAUACCAUAUGAUUUCACCAAUGAGCAAAGGUUUAUUUCACAAAGCAAUUCUACAAAGUGGUGCUCCUUUAUGUAGAUGGGCUGUAUCUGUCCCAGGGUUACCACGUAAACGAGCAGAAGCUGUAGCUACGAUAGCUGGAUGUUUUGUACAUAAUUCUAAAGAAAUUUUAAAAUGUUUAAGAACUAUUCCUGCAAAGACUAUGGCAGAUAUUUAUUAUAAAUUUUUUGAAUGGAAUAUUCACCCAAGUGUAUUAUUUAGUCCUGUUGUUGAAUCAUGUAAUUCUGACGAGGAAGCAUUCUUAUGUCGUCAUCCUCUAGUUAAUUUUAAACAGGAAUCGCAUGUACCUGUCAUUAUAGGAUUGAACUCAGGUGAAGGUGGGCUUUACAUUGCAUCGUUGUACAACAGCACAUCUCCUCUGUAUCCAGAACUUCGAACUGAUUUUAAGAAUAUUAUGCCUAAUCUUUUAUUUUACAAACAUUUUGCAAAGCCAGAGCAUUUUGAUGAAAUAAGUAAUCUUAUGCUCAAAGAGUACUUUCCAACUGGUCAAGUUGAUGAUCACACCCAUUCUAAUGCUGUCGACUUGAUUGGUGAAGGAGUAUUCACAACAUGUAUUAUAGAUACAGCAUUGAAAUUCUCGUCACCCGUUUACUUAUAUUUGUUUGAUUAUGAAAAUGAAAUUUCAUUAAACAAAUUUUAUGGAAGCUGCGAAAAGUCGUUGGGAGUUUCACAUGGAGACGAGAUGAUAAGUUUGUUUAAAAUGAACGUUCUAUUACCACAAGGUUUAAACAACAAGGAUACAGAAGUAUCAAAAAUGAUGGUUGAUAUUUGGACAAAAUUUGCUAUUUCCGAAUAUCCUACAAUUGAUGGUAAAGAAAAUGGAUUAGCAUGGCCACAGUUCGAAUCGUUUGAAGAAUCGUCAAUUCUACAUUUGAAUUCUCCUCAACCAAAUAUUAAGUUAAACCCUUUCAAAGAAAAAUACAAUUUCUGGAAUAAAUUGCCGCUUUUAUCACAUCUAAAUGAGAUAGUUUCAAAAAAAAGUUCCGAAUUCUCUCAAAAUUUAAAAUCCGAGUUGUAAUUUUAGGUAUUAUAUGUGAUUUUUUUAUUAUUUGAUAUUUCCUAGGUAGACUUAAGUUCAUUUUCUACUCGCAAUUUUACAUUUUGAAUAUUGUUGAACUAAUUAUUAUAAUAAUUUAUCUUAUUAAAUCUUAUUAUUGCAAAUCAAAAUUAUAACUUGAUUAUGUUAUCGUCGUACACGCAAAUAUUUAUACAUAUAUAUACUUAUUUAUUGAUAAAAAAGUAUGAAUCGCUGGAUUAAGGGUUAUAGGGACAUUUUUCACAUACGCUUUAUCAUCAAUAUAUAUAUAUAUACAGUGCCGCCAGUAUAGUCAUUGGUGCCCUAGUCGAAUUAACAUGUGUCCCUCUCCAUAAAAGUAUUGUUUUAUUUUAAAUGAAAUAAAAUUCAAGUGCUAUCA